UGUCAUCACUGUCAUAAACAAAAAAAUGCAACAAAAAAAAAAAUCCACCAGAAGAUAACCUUUAUGAGCAUGUUUUUGCAUAAGUGCCUGAUUGCGGGUUGCAUUGGUCCUUCAGAGGGAUGUAUCAGGUGAUGGCGUUACGGUUCCCGUAUUCAGAUGCCUCGGAAAUCACGAGGCGUUAAAGGACUUUGGCCACUAGAGCAUUGCUGUGUGAGAGAUGUCACUAAACCACAAGGGACAGAGAUGCACAGAUGACUUAAGCGUCUUCUCUUCAGCUGCUGUUGGAGGGACUGCGAUGGAGACAUUUGGCAUGCGCAGGACCCAGUCUCUGAGGUGUCUCUCCGGGGUUCAGGAGAGGUCAUGGGUCAUGCCAGCUCCCACCCGCUGGGACAGGAAGUCUGUGUCUCAGCUGGUACAACAUUACCAAAGCUGUACUGACCUGAUGGGUAUCGCUAAACAGGAGCACAGACUUCAGGUGUCACCAAGCAAGAGGCAGCAGGCGGACGGGGACAACGUGGCCCUCUGGGGAUCUGGAAGAGCUUCUAAUUUGUCCAGGAGUCGCUCCAUGGACCUCCUCCCUCAGAGAGAGCCGUCCGGCACCAAAGCUCUGUGUGCCUUGUUUGAGUCCAAGGCCACACUGCAGCGAGGCUUCAACAGCAGCCCCCGGCUCCACCCAGCCUCCGCUACCGGCAGGAACACAGGGAGAGGCCCCCCUCUGCUGGAGUGCAGAGGUCACAAGGAAACAAUCUUUCAGGUGGAAGGCAGAAGGGCCAUGAAUGGACUCCCAGAAUCUUCAGCCAGUGGAUCCAGAUACUCACGAGAUGACAAAAAAAGUCCAUCACUGACUAAGGGGGGAACAGCAACAAGACAAAGCAGAGACCAGCUAUCUACUUCCUUCUCGGUGAGAGACAGAUCAGCCAUCUACCUGUCAAGAGCAACAGCUAUCGACUCCCCAAGAGGCUCAACACAGCCAGAAUUUAUUGGUACUCCAGGAACGAGACCUAAAAACAAUGGCUGAAGCAGGCAGAAAAAUCUCAGUUUCACAAUCAUCUCAUGAGGAAGAUGACCUGCCUCUCCCCCCACCUCCACCCGUGCCACCCAGACCCCUUGACUAUG